GUAAACAAAAAAGACGCGCCCGCUUCGAACGAAUCCCAAAAAGAUAAAAUAAACCCGAGAAAUUGAGAAUAUUCUGUGCAAAAUUCUCUAAAAAACCUCGCUCCAGGCGAUUUCGCUAUGGCGGACGUGCGAGAUAUUCUGGAAUUGGAGCGCCCGGUGACGCCGGAGUUAACGAAAGAAUCGCUGCUCAACUCCAAGAAGCGGAAUGUUUACGAAAGGAAAAUCGUUGCAAAGCGUCCGGAGGGCAUGCACAGGGAGGUGUUUGCGCUGCUUUACAACGAUAACAAAGAUGCGCCACCGCUGCUACCGACGGACAAUGUGUCCUGCUACAAACAGACGAAGGCCCGGCUGGGCAUGAAGAAGGUGCGCCGCUGGGAGUGGGCACCUUUCGUUAAUCCGGCGCGCACGGAUGGAGCCGUGUUUCACCAUUGGAAGCGCGCCUCGGAAGAGCAGAAGGAAUAUCCGUUCGCCAAGUUCAACAAGCAGCUGGACAUACCGUCGUAUACGCUGAACGAGUACAAUGCUCACCUGAAGACGAACCCGAGCAAGUGGACUAAACAGCAGACUGACCAUCUAUUUGAUUUAGCUAAACGCUUCGACGUUCGGUUCAUCAUCAUGUGUGAUCGGUGGGAACGUGCCAACUAUGGUAUCAAAUCGGUGGAAGACCUGAAGGAACGGUACUACGAGGUCGUUGGCAUUCUUAACAAGGUGCGCAACAACGCAUCGGAGAAGAAAAUCUUUGUGUUCGAUGCAGAGCAUGAGCGAAGGCGUAAGGAGCAGCUGAAGAAACUGUUUGACCGCACCACGAAACAGGUUGAGGAAGAGCAGAUGCUGUUGAACGAGCUGAAGAAGAUCGAAGCCCGAAAGAAGGAACGCGAGCGCAAAACGCAAGAUCUACAGAAACUAAUCUCGCAGGCGGACCAGCAGCAGACCGAACACCAUCAGAAGGAGCAGCAGCAGCAGAGCCAACAGGCGCAGAACACGUCGCACAAGAAGCAGGACAAAAAGUUGAACAAAAAGAAGAUUCAACAGCAACCGCGCACCUCCAAGGUGGACUCGGUGGUGAGCGCGGUCGAAAGCGCGGGCAUCAAGUUCACCGAUCUCCGAGGCACCGGGGUGUCGCUGCGGUCACAGAAAAUGAAACUGCCGGCCAAUGUUGGUCAGAAGAAGGCGAAAGCACUCGAACAGGUGCUACAGGAGUUCAAGGUGGAUCCGAAUCCACCGCCAAUCGAGGACAUUUGUGUGGCUUUCAAUGAGCUACGCUCCGAUAUGGUACUUCUGUGUGAACUGAGGACCGCUCUGGCCACCUGUACCUUUGAGCUCGAAAGCUUGAAGCACCAGUACGAGGCCCUAUGCCCAGGUAAAACGCUCAACAUUCCGGCGGCCCUGGUGAACCCCGUGACAGACGAUACGAUGGUGGGUAUGGACGAUAGUAUGUCGAUGAUGUAAUGCAACAAAUACAAUCUAAUAAAUAUGAAUAUAACAAGUAU